AUGGGCUUCAACAUCCUUCUCCCUAUCAGAGUCUUUCAGGCAACCUUCUCUAUCGUCAUAAUAGGCCUCUCAGGCUUCGUCGCACAUUGGUACAACACCAACACAGCCUACCUCCCCCCCUCACAAAUCAGUUUCCUCCUCUUCUGCGGCGUCUACUCCCUCCUCUCGGCCCUCUACCUCGGCCUCAUCAGCAAACUCUUCCCCAAAACCUCCAACCCGUACGCCGUCCUCUCGCUCGAGAUCACCAAUUUGCUGUUUUGGUUCGCCGGCUUCAUCUCCCUUUCCGUUUUCCUCAGCAAGCUUCUCUUCUGCCGGGGCAGCGUAUGCGGCGCCGCCCGCGCCGACGUCGGCAUCGCCGCCUGCUUAUCCAUCAGCUGGAUCGUCACCGUGGCCCUGCUGGCCAGGGACGCUAUCAGGUCGGGGGGCUUCGAGGGGUUCAGGAACCACGCACAGACGGAGCGGAAGUGGAAGUCAUCAUCGGUCUCCUUCCAUGGGGUCGACGGUGGGGAUGUCAGACAAGCACCCUAUGCCGCUGCCGACGGCCAUGAUGAAGAAGAAGGAGGGUGGGUAUUCCCAGGUGUCGCUGGCUUGAAGACGCUGGUGGUUGUGGCUAGGUUACGUGAGCAUAAGAAGAAGGAGUCGAAGAAACAGACAAGACGGCAUAGAGCUACACCCUCGAUGGAGAUAGUAAAGAAGAAGGUUGUUGGUGCUUGGGAUCGGAGGGGGGCGAAAGAAACCCUCAUCAUCCCCGUCUAAGGACGUGUCCGGGCAUGUAGGAAGGGCGCGAUGGGUUAUGAAGGGAGUCAUGAGGUCAUGCUAUCACGAGCGAGGUUUCUUCAGCUGGACUGAACCUUUUUAUGUAUUAUCCAAAUCAGGAAACCUGGGUGCGUGCGGUUAUCGCGCUGGGUUAAAAUGGGAGUAGGGGUGAGGCUCUCAAGGCACUGGCGUUUGGUAGUCGUUGGUCGACAAGGUUUCAAUUGAAUGCAACAAAUUCCUGAAUCAGUGUACUUCCUAUAGAGCAUUGCCAAACCUGAAAAUUAUACGUACCGUUGAUCUUUCAACUUCGUCUUCGUCGCAGCUAGGCAGGUAGGUAGUUCUUCAAGCAGCAAAGCGGAGACCCACUUCUCACUUACACGCCCCUGGACGCUGAGCCCAGGGGCAUCGUGACAGCAUGCGAGAUCGGACGCAGGACCUACAAGUUGCGUCGAUCCGGAACUUCGGGAAGCAAAGCGUACGAGU